AUGGUUUUUCUUCAAUGGAAAAACUGAUGAUUUGUCUUUGCUAAGGCUUCUUGAUGAAAACAAAGAAAAUUUAUCCCCAGAAGAUUUUAUCUUUCAGAAACUUCUCAAUGAAAAUGUCUUAAUAGAAGCUGAAGAAAGUUUCAAAACAAUGAAAAAAUCUACAAGCCCACAAUAUCAGACUUCACGGAUGAGAUCCUCAACACAGUGAGAGUUCCUCUUACCCCGCUUCUUCCAAAAAGCUUAAAGCAGUUACACCCCCCAAAAGAAAUUUCAAUAAGAAGUCCCAAAAGCUUCUGUGCUCAGACUCAUCUUUUUCAAUAA